CAGCACAGGAUGCGCCUUGGGUCAGGGGGACGUGGAAAGCCAUCAGCCUCUGUGUCCUUUCCUCUGCCAGAGCGACUGCUGCUGAGCCCUCAGCUCCCCUCCGAGCUCGGCUGGGGCCACCACUGUCACCGUCAGGCUUCCAGCCUCCCGCUGCGGGGGACACGGAGGCCACGAUGGCCACCUCCACCGGGCUGCUGCUGCUGCUGCUGCUCCUGGGCCAGCGGUGGCUGGGGGCCGGCGCUGAGAGGGAGGCCGCGGUCUGCGCAGGGACUGCCUGCUACACGGCCCACUGGAACAAGCUGAGUGCGGGCGAGGCCCAGAAUCAUUGCAGCAGGAACGGGGGCAACCUGGCCACGGUGAAGACUGAGGAGGAGGCCCGGCACGUCCAGCGAGCCCUGGCCCAGCUGCUACAGCUGGAGGCACCCCCAGCAGCUCGGACAGGCAAGUUCUGGAUCGGGCUCCAGCGAGAGAAGGGCAAGUGCUUGGACCCCAGCCUGCCGCUGAAGGGCUUCAGCUGGAUGGGCGGUGGGGAGAACACGUCUUAUGCCAACUGGUACAAGGAGCUCAAGCACUCGUGCAUCUCCAAGCGCUGUGUGUCCCUGGUGCUGGACCUGUCCCUGCCACCUCUCACCGGCCACCUCCCCAAGUGGGCUGAGGGCCCCUGUGGGAGCCCCAGCUCUCCUGGAAGCAACAUCGAGGGCUUUGUGUGCAAGUUCAACUUCAAAGGUAUGUGCCGGCCCCUGGCCCUGGGGGGCCCAGGCCAUGUGAACUAUACCACCCCCUUCCAGGCCACCAGCUCCUCCCUGGACGCCGUGCCCUUCGCCUCCGUGGCCAACGUGGCCUGUGGGGACGGGAGCGAAAAUGGGCAUCAUUACUUCCUGUGCAAGGAGAAGGCCCCCGAUGUGUUCGACUGGGGCAGCUCGGGCCCCCUCUGUGUCAGCCCCGAGUACGGCUGCGACUUCAACAACGGGGGCUGCCAGCAGGACUGCUUUGAGGGGGGGGACGGCUCCUUCCGCUGCGGCUGCCGGCCGGGGUUCCGGCUGCUGGAUGACCUGGUGACCUGCGCCUCCCGGAACCCUUGCAGCUCCAGCCCCUGCGGAGGGGCAGCCACAUGCGUUCCUGGACCCCUUGGGAAAAACUACAUGUGCCGCUGCCCCCCAGGCUACCAGCUAGACUCGACUCGGCAGGACUGUGUGGAUGUGGACGAGUGCCAGGACUCCCCCUGCGCCCAGGAAUGUGUCAACACCCCUGGGGGCUUCCACUGCCAGUGCUGGGUGGGCUAUGAGCCCGGGGGCGCCGGAGAAGGGGCCUGUCGGGACAUGGACGAGUGUGCCCCAGGCCGCUCACCCUGCGCCCAGGGCUGCACCAACACCGAUGGCUCGUUCUUCUGCUCCUGCGAGGAGGGCUAUGUCCUGGCUGGGGACGACGGCACCCAGUGCAAGGACGUGGACGAGUGUGAGGGCCGCGUUUGUGACAGCUUGUGCUUCAACGUGCAGGGGUCCUUCCGCUGCGGCUGCCUGCCAGGCUGGGAACUGGCUCCUGAUGGAGUCUCCUGCACCAUGGGUGCUACGACCCUGGGACCACCAGCUGGGCCUCCUCAGGGGGAUGGCACGGGUGAUAGAGAGGGGAACCUUGUGCCUUCUGCCACAAUGUCCAGUCCAACCAGGGACCCUGAGGGCACCUCCAAGGUGGCUCCCACUGUGAGCAGACUCUCCCUCCCACCCGAUGCCCCCAUUACUCCUGCUCCACCCAAGACGCUGGCCCCCAGUGGGCCCCCUGGCGUCUGGAUGGAGCCCAGCACCCAUCACCCCUCAGCCACCACUGGCCAUAGGGAGUCCAUGGGUGGGGAUUUUGUGGCCAAACAAAGCGAUGAUGGCACUGACGGGCAAAAGCUGCUCUUGUUCUACAUCCUGGGCACUGUGGUGGCCAUCCUACUCUUGCUGGCUCUGGCUCUCGGGCUCCUGGUCUAUCGCAAACGGAGAGCAAAGAGGGAGGAGAUAAAGGAGAAAAAGCCCCAGAGUGCGACCGACAGCUACGCCUGGGUUCCCGAGCGAGCCGAGAGCAGGGCCAUGGAGAAUCAGUACAGUCCAACACCAGGGACAGACUGCUGAAGGUGAGGUGGCCCCAGAGACGCUGGCAGUUGGCAGCCACCGUCCUCAGAGCUUUAUGUGCCCCGUCGGCAGUGGGGAGCCACAUCCCUCCGAAAGACUGGACUGGAAUCCUAGCAAACAGUUGUAAACCUUCUCCUUAAAAGCCUGGCAGCUGGGAAUGUGCAGGUAUUCUCUACGGGACUGUGGCUUUUCUGACGUGGAAGCCAUGGGUUGGGAUGCCUUUGUGGGAAUUUUGUGACUAUUAACAAUUCUCACUCACUCUCCCUUUUCCAAUUCAAAUGUGACUGGUUUUGUUUUUCUGCCUGAUUCUCGAUCAGGGCAUUACAAGUCAGGGGCUACUGGGCCCCUUUGAACUGCUUCUCUGCUCACUUGAUGGUCCAAGAGGAAAGAUGAUCUGCUAAUGCUAAUUAGGACCUAAAGGAUUUGUCCCUCUUAGUAUAACAGAGACUAAGUCCGUUAAUUGUUUAAUUCUAUAAGAAGCUCUUUUUCUGGUCAAAGGGAACAUGUUCAGGAUUGGAAGCAUCUCCUUACAUUUGGAUUCAUGCAUUCUCCAUUCUCCCAUCACCAGCGCUGCCAAGUGCCAAGUCAUUGAAAUCCUCCAGGAUGACUAGAAGUCCACUGAGCUACUUAGGUAGCAAGGAGGCAGGAAGUUUAGAAAUCACAUUUUCUAGUUCUUAAGUUUUUAUUAGUCUUGGGUUUAUUUGCAAGAGAAGUCUUAAAAAAUAUGGGAAAAGUUGUAUGAGGUGAGUUUUAAGUGUUUUUGAAAACAAGUCACCUACAGGGCUGGAGAGAGAGGCCAGGGGUCUGUCUCAGAAGUGUACUGAUGUUAGUACUCACUUGAGUAUCGAUGAGAUGAACACUCAUGAGGGAAAAAGUCAAGGACACUUGUCUCUGAGCCAGCCCAGUGCAACACCCUGCCUUACAGCACGCCGCUCUGACUGGACGUGGAGGCAGCACUGACAAGUCUCUCCUUCUGACUGUUUCUAAAGGACGUGAGAGGGAGACAGCGUGCUGAGCUUUGAAAGCUGUCCUCAUAAGGCAUUUUAGCACAGUUCACGGUCGGUCCUGAGAACCUGAUCCUGCUCUGUGGCCGAACCACACACCAAGUCGGGCUGGUCGUGCGGGAGGCUGUCCUGUGGCGCUUCAGGAACUUGUGUCCUCUUCUCAUUUCCUGAAAAACAUAGGGGAGAGGGAAGGGAGAAAGAGAAGAACUAAAAUAUUCUGCAACUGCAAAAUCUAUUGAAAGCAGUUUUAAUUUAUAUCCUCAUUUUUAAGUGCUCUCUUGUAAAGAUUUCCCCUUACGACGCGCAGUCGAUGGUGCUCUUCCCGCAUCGCUCUGCCUGGGUCCCUGGAAAGCAGCCUGGGAGUCACCAAAGGUCAGAGUUGUUGGGAGCUGCCUGAGCAGCACUGGGAGGCCUCAGGUCGCCUGGGGGCUUCUGCUGCCACUGGGCAGAAUGGACAGAGGGAAUGCGCUUCCUUCCUCGGAUUCCAAACUGCCCCUCAGAAGGAAGGCGCUCCACUGUUUCUGGUUUUGCCUUAGCAAUGCAUCUGUCCUGGAGGUCACACCCUGUGUGGGCAUAGCCGCCAGGUGCAUGGCCUUUAGAGCCAAGUAAAUAUCCUUCUGCCAAUUUAGAAAUAUAGAUGCUGUAGUUCAGAUUUUUUUUUAAGAAAACGGGAAACUAAAGGGGGCGGGAGGGAGGAGGGGAGGAAAGAUGGAGGCUUUGUGGAACCUAGCAGGAUAUUUGGAACUUCUGCUAUCUAAAGUCAUCCAAUAUUCUUCAGUUUUCACUUGGAAUACUGAUGUUUACCACUCAAAAGAGACAAAGGCUGUUCCACUGGCCCCAGGACUUUGGCAGUCUGCUGUAGGGGAACCAAGCAUUUGGCCAUUCAGAUGAUUUUAAAGAUUGGCCAGAUGUGUUGCUGACCAGUAUCUGCACCUCCGUGAAAGGAAUGCAGACCCGACAGAGUCCCCUGGGCCUUCCGGUUCUGACCCUCAUCCUCUGGGGUGAAGGAGACAGACCUGUUCUAGGCUUCCCCUAAGCCCUGCUUCGGGCCUUAAAUUGGCUGAGGUCACCCACACGCCCUCUCGUUUUCACAGUGUUCAAUUUCUUCAGCCCAUUUUCUGGUCUCUGUGUUCGAAUUCUUCUGUGGGUGGGAAUAUACAGCCCCAUCCCCGACAGUGGGGAGAUCACGGAUCCCUGCUGUGGAACCCACAAGGGCAGCAAUGGGUUGAUGAAUAAUAGUUUUUCAAAACCCCCUCCAGCAGAGUAAGCCCCUUUGCGGGCAAAUAAGCCCUACCUUCUCUCCCGGCCGCUGCUCACCAGUGGCCGAGAUCCCCGAACAGGAUGACCUCAGGCAGUGAGUCUGAUGAAAACCACUGGCCUCAAACAGAUGCUUUCUUCUCCCAUCUAAUACCACCACCAGUCUGUCUGAGGUAUGCAAAUCCUUGCGUUGGGGAGCUCUGGGGCCACAACAGUGGAUAGACAAAUGCCCACAGACUGCACAGCCAUUGACAAACCAUCCGUUUAUCCAGAGGGGCCCCAAGUGGCUUGGCGGUGACACAGCAAGAGAAAUGGACAGGAUGGAGCAUGGGAGAGCAGGCUCUGCCAUGUGCAGACUCCUCCAAUCAUGUCCCUGGGCUGGGCAGGGGCAGACCAGGUGCCGUUCUGUUCCUGACAGGCUGAGCAGCAGAACAGCCGGGGCGAUGGGACAGGGAGCAGGCUCCACUUGGCAAAAGGCUCAAAGACAAUGGAGACUUCCAUCCAAAAGGAAUUUCCCGUAGUUCAAUAAUUCUAGGAGAUUCGUGAAAAACUAUAUUUGGGACAAACUCACCCCCGCCCCCCGCCAUCCCCCAAGUCAGAUAAUUUAACGGGAGGACGUCUCCCUAAACAUGCAGCCACUAUGCCCAUUCCUGGAUUUCAAGGACAAUGGCUGCUCUUUGUUCUUGUUUGUUGUUUGGAGAAGCCCUGAUGCAGGAGGGCAGCUGCCCCGCAGGGAGGCUGAGGAGUGAAAACCAAGGGUGGGGCAGUUAUUUGAAAACGGCCCUGCAGUGCUGACUCGUUGAGCGCCCUUUGCAGGAUGAACCCACCACUGCUCUACAGCAUGGCCUCGAGGCAAAAGCAGUCAGGCUGCUGUUGCUUUCGGGUGCCCACCUGCCUGAUCCUCAUCAUCGUGACAUUGUGGCGCUGCACGUCCACCUGGCGUUUCCCCAGCACACUAAGUGGGUGAAUUAACCCGGUUCUGACGGGAG